AUGAGGAGGUGGAAUAGCUGGACGUUUUUACGUCACAAGGCCGCAGACACGGAACAACCGUUUCCACAACUGGAACAGGCCUUUGAACUUCCGAGUGUUUUUCUGACUGUACAAUAUUCUGUUCUCUUGGGCUCUGGCGGCUACGGUCGGGCGCCGAUCAUAGAUGAAUCGGCUCCGAAUGCUACAUCAGAACCCGAAUACAAGACCUCUUCCUAUUUUGAACCCAGACCACUUUUCCGAAGUGGGUAUUUCGGCGACGUCUAG